AUGAAGGUGUGCCCCUCCGCUCAUUCAAUCAAGCUACAACUGAAAAGUAUAUACAUCAUGCUUCGCCAGCUUGGAAUACCCGCAAGGCUUCGCGCUUUCCAAUUGCCGAAACGCUUGAUUCACUCAUAUGCUGUGAGUGAUACAUCUCACCUAGGAGAUGCCCUCUCUACUGAUAUCCCUACUGUUUCUUUGAGUUUUGACAAACACGAACCAGCACAAACACCAGCAUAUGAAAAAUCGCCUAUUGUGUUUCUUCAUGGAUUAUUUGGUUCGAAAGCUAAUACUAGAUCUGUGGCCAAGAGUGUGGCCAGAACUAUGGGAAGAAAUGUUUACUGCUUAGAUCUUAGGAACUUUGGUCUGUCACCUCAUGAUCUGCGACUUGACUAUCCAGCCCUCGCCGCUGAUGUAGAACAUUUUUUAGAUGAACAAAGCUUUAAAGAAAAGCCGAUUUUGGUGGGGCACUCUAUGGGUGCUAAAACUGUAAUGGCUUUGGCUCUCAGGCGUCCAGAUCUUCCUAAAAUGAUUGUGUCUGUCGACAAUGCGCCUGUAUGUUUGAGCGCAUCAAACGGACCUUUUGGAAAGUACAUUCGUCAGCUUCGAUAUGCUUUGGAAGACAAAAAAUUCGUCAGUAUCAAAGACGUUGAUGCAGAGCUCGCAAAGGUCGAACCAGUCAAGGAAGUGCGCCAAUUUCUCUUGACAAAUGUAAAUAGAGGCGCUAAAGAGGAACCCUGUUCUUCCAAAAUUCCUUUGGAUAUCAUCGCUAAGGCUGUUUCUGCGGGUAAUAUUGCUUCCUGGCCGUAUGAUUCUAACGUUGUGAGGUGGUCUAAAGGACCAGCUUUGUUUAUUCGGGGAACUAAGUCUACUUACGUUCCCGAUGAGGUUAUUCCUGAUAUAGGUAACUACUUUCCACAAUUCGAAAUUAAAGACAUUGAUGCGGGCCAUUGGGUGAUUAGCGAGAAACCAAACGAGUUCAUGGAGGUCCUACAAGAUUUCAUCGAAAGAAAAGAAGACGAGGAGUUUUAG